UGUUGUGUGCUGUAGCCGUGCUGCAGUCCCAGACUGGCGCUUUGCUUUUCUCACAUCCAUCGCUCGCUCUCACCAGCCGAGGAGCGGAAGAGACGAUAGAGGACUGAGCACAGCAGAGGCAGAGAGAGAGAGGGAGAGAAAACCCGAGUGAUGAAGAGAAGGAUGGAGGGAGAGAGAGAAUGAUAGAUAGGAAUUGAGGGAUAGAGAGGCGCAGAGGGAGAGAACAAUUACAGAGUGAUGGGAAAAACAAGUGAGAGAGUGAGGGAAAUAGAAUGAGCGGGAAAGGGGAGUAAGCGCACUGAGUGUGUGUGUGUGUGUGUGUGUUUCCUUGGAAGUCCAUCCAUCUUGCUUGAGGUGAUUUGCUGGCUGAUAUUUCUGUGUGUGUUUGAGAGUUUAUUUGUUUUUUACUGUUUGUUUACUGGGUUGUUUGAGUGUGUGUGUGUGGUUUACACAGACAAACUUUGGAGUACUAUGCUCUAGUAUGAGCUCAGCUACACUGCUUUACAUGAAUACAAAUUAAUGGAAAUGAUUUCUAUGCUGUUUUGUCUCCAGUGUUGUGCUUAUUUGCUGACACCCAACAAUGGAGCAUGAUGAUGGGGGAAAAAGGGAUUUCUGUUUGUUAUUUAAGGAGAAUACAGUGACAUACUAAGAGCUUUUGAGCAUCAAGCCUCAAGACAAUAACAUUGAUGUUUCUUUGGUGAGCUGUUUGCUGUUCAGUUCAGUUCCUGUUGCUGCUGUUGUUUUGCUGUCUGGCUAUGUGUCUGUGUUAGCUGGUGCUAUCGAGGCACCUCUCUGCUCAGGGACCACGUGGCCUCUGUUUUGGUUGCAGUCUCGGUCAAUGCAGCUAAUGUCUUAGCUAUGCAAUGCAUCUUAGUCAGAGCUGUCCAUUCCAAAUGCCUAGACAAAUAGAGAUAGCUGCAUCUAUCGAUCACUGCUUGCAAAUAGGCUCACAUACGUAGACAUGUACACUCAGAUUGCCUCAAAGGAAGUGAAAUCUUUUAUAUUCUGUGCUUCUGUGCAAUUUUCAGUGUAAGCUGUGCGAUUGUGAGUGUGUGUGUGUGUGUGGAUGUGCACUUCCGCAUACCGAGUUGCAUGUAACCUGAGCACUUAGUGGUCAAUAGACUUCACAUUCACCUUGGUUUAUGAGAGCAUGGCCGAAUCACCCUCACUGGCUCUCUCACUGUGGUCAUCCUCCACAGGCUCAGUGCAGGUCAUUCAACCCUAGCUAUGUGUCUUCCUUUAGGAGUUGAAUCAUGCUGGUAUGUUGCUCUCUGCUUGUGACCUUAGAGACUCAAUGACCCAGUAGGAUUUAUUGACAGCACUGUCAAGGUAAGCGGAGUUAAGGUGUGUUAAAAGAGUCAGUGGCGUGUGAAAUUGCUAGCGAGUGUGUGAGGUAAGAGAGAGGCAGAGAAAAAGGAAGAAACCGGGAAGGAAAGAAAGAGAAAAAGUAAAAAAAGGUAGAAUCAGAAAGGAGGAGAGGCAGAAAAACAGAGGAAGACAAAAUAAAAAAGCAAAAGAACCAGAGAAAAGAGGAAGUGGAAUUGGACACACACUGACCUGGGGAGAUAGGGGAAAAACCCAAAGGGGACAGUACGGUGAUGAUGUGUCCAGCCUCCUGUUUUCCUCUGCUGGGUAAGCUCCCUCAGUGGCCCUGCCUGCUCAGCUGGUCCCAGUGUCAGAAUGGGGCCGUGGAGGCCUGGCAAACGACCAGCACUGGGGUCACAGAGGUCAUGCCGCCCAUCUGUCCCGAUAAACCUUCAUCCUGGAGGAAGUCUACAGGUGUCGGCUGCAUCCAGUCACAGUUGGUAAACACAGACCACCAGAAGGAGGUAUCAGAGCUCCAGCCUUGUACUUGCCCCUACAGCUCGUCCUGCCAAUGGCAGGGGUUCUGGGAAGUGUAGUUCCCCACCUGAUCCAGGCCCAUCAGCCCAUCACAGAUCAGGAAGGUGAGGAGGUCCUCUUCCUCAUUAGCAACAUCAACGUGCCGGACAGGGUGGACUCGGUAAUGCUGCAGUCCUGUUUUGAACAGAAGUUUGUGUUGGUGGUGAAGAAAGAGGCUGUGGUGCGUGGCAGCCCUACAUCCUUCUUUGCCGCUCUGCUGUUUGUCGGCGUGAGCGAGGUGGCCGAGGGCUUCGUCUACCGCUUGGAGCUGAGGGGGAACCGCCGGCGUCUCAUGUGGGAGGCCACACCACGGGCCAUCCAGCGUGGCCUGGCCAACGCGGUCACAGACUCAGACUGCAUGGUGUUCGACUCCGCCGUGGCCAACCUCUUCACAGACUCAGGGACACUGGGCAUUCACGUCUCCAUCUCCAGAUCUUGCUCCGUCGCUGACCCCACCUUAAGAGCUCAGAUAUUCCCUCAACAUAGACACUCGACAGGGAAGGCAACUCCGGCCUCCCUGAUGCAGGGUAGCCCAAACCCAAAGGCCACAUGAGGCUGGGCACUUUGACCUCAAUGCAACUCUGAACAAUAAACAUUGAAGAAAUUGAAGCUGUUUGAUGGCUGCUGGUGAUGGAUACAAACAUAAUGAAGGGAAAUGAAUCAGGAUCUUUUUCAGUAGUUUACCACUGUAACCCAGGCUACAGCCAAGAUAACAAUCUGCCAUAUGUGUAGAUUCAUAUCUCUUCUCUUGAUAGUUGAUAUUUAAUUCAAUCUUAUUUUAAGAACCAACAGCAUUUACCUGAAUCCUGUAUUUCUAUGGCAAAAACCAGGAGAACCUACCUCUUAUGUCUGCAUUGUACGGCAACAGGGUAUUGGAGUGGGCACAGUGUCUUUUGAAGAGCCAUCCUCUUACUUCUAUUCUGGAUUUUGUUAACCACUUUAAAAAUGUGAAAAUCAUAACAUACUUUUUGCUAAGCCUCUUGCAAAGACUAUUUGUCCAUUAAUGGACUGUUACAACUCUUUCCAAACUGUAGCAUCUGUCUUCAUGUCGAACAAUAGGGGACAAAGCUUAGGUCAAGAGUAGAUUAUCUAGAAUAAAAUCAAAUAAAAUAUUUCAUAUGUAUUACAUGUUAUAAUGCUAAUAAUAUCUGUUAAAAUGUGUUCUUUAAUAUGAUUAAACACAUUUCUAAUCUUUUUACAAACUCCAAAAUAAAUUAAGAUGUUUCAU